GAGAUCGAUUGCAGCGUCAUUUCUCAUUGUACAAGAACCAUUUUCCUUUGCAUUGCGAGACCCCACGAAUGAGCCAUUCCGGGCGGCCGAAGCGUUCGGUGCUUUCGGUGGGGCCUUGCCGCCGAACCCGCCGAAUGCCCCACCGAGACCGCCGACCGAGACCUGAAGACUCCGGUCGCACGCUUGCUGCUGCCUGCUUCCGCCAAAACUUAAAAGAACGUCGGUUCAUGACAUUUUGAUUUGAUUCCAUUUCAGAAGUCAUCCCAUUCAGAAUAACUAACAUCAGGUAUGGUCCUUCCUCAGACGAUGCGCUCUCUCGUUGCGCCGAAGCAUUGCAGCCCAGCCGGCUGGGAAGUAGCUGAGGUGCCGGUGCCAACCAUUACCGACCCCACGGACAUAAUAAUUAGGGUAAAAGCUGGAGCCGUUAUGACGGGCGACUGCCAGAGAGCAAAAGGUUCCCCCAUCGUCUCACUGCGCAAAGAAAGUUUCCCCCUCAAAAUUGGCUGCGAGGGCUCAGGAAUCGUCGCAGCUGUCGGAACGGAGGUCAAAACUCUCAACGUUGGCGACGCAGUGUACGGGCUAUGCUUCACCCGACCAGCCUUCAGCAUCCCCGACCCAGGCUUCUGCUCCGAGUACGCUAUUGGGCCGGAGAGGCUUUUCCUCCCUAAGCCACCGCACAUGAGUUUUGAAGAGGCCGCCUCUCUUCUGGGCUACACCGUCACGGCGUACCAAACCAUCAAACGCGGGCUUGUUCUUGCCGGAGAAGAAUCGCUGGAAGAAAAGACUGUCUUCGUCCCCGGAGCCCUGAGCGGGGGAGGCUUCAGCGCGAUCCAAGUUGCCAAGAACGUCUUUGGCGCCAAGAAGAUCAUCUCUACUGUUUCGACUCCGAAGAUGGGCCUCGUGGAGCAGUACCUGCCGGGGAUGGUUGAUCAACUGAUUGACUACACUACGACGGAUAUCGGGUCUGUGGUGCCUAAAGGAAGCGUAGACUUCAUGUUUAAUACGCAGUGGAAUACUAUAGGUCCAGGCAUACCACUUCUCAACCCCGAGACGGGCAUACUCAUGUCUAUCGCAUCUCUUCCUCCGCCAACCUUGAUGAAAGAGGUCUUGGGGCCCACGAUGGUUCCCUUCUGGGUUGGCUGGUUGCUGAACUUGGCUCAGCUUUGGUACUUGUUCUUGUUACGCGGCACGAAUAUCAAGCACGAAUUUGUGUCUGGUAAUCCCGAGAUCAGGGAGGACUUGGAGAAGGCCGGGGAGAUCAUUGCCACCGGUAAGGUGAAAGGCGUCUUUAGAGUGGUGGACCUGGCGGAAUUGAAGUCGGUAAGGGACGAGUGUGAAAAGGUGAACAGCGGGAAGGGAGGGAUCGGGAGAUGCAUAGUAAGGGUCGAGUCCUAAAGUAAGGUACUCUCUCGUUUGAAAUAGCUCCGUGGAAACAUCCACGCUAAACGCACACACGCACAAUCCAAUGCAGAUGUAUGGACGAAGAACCGGCCAUUUCAUGUCACAAUAUUGUUUCAUCACUCCCUAUUGAUGCGAUUUAUUCAAUUGCCCAUCAUCAGCCCUGUAUCCCAUACUUGCAAUCCAACGGCCAUCGGCAAACAGAGAAACUGUCAUUGGCCUGGUGUCGAAGGAUUCGCGUACGUAAUCGCGUUGCAUCCCAGAUGUGGCUCAGGUGGCGCCUGUACCCAGUCAGAUUAAUU